CGAAAUGGGAUGAUGUCACUGACACAUACAUGAAUCGGCCAUGGUGUUUUUCUCAAUGUGGUCAUGUUUUUUCUUUAUAUGAUCAUACCAUGAUGCAGCCCAACUAUACUUCUGCAUGCUCAGUUUGCAGAAGUGAGGGUGGCUUUAUGCCACUAACGCUUGGAUUGAUUCCAGGUAUUGUUAUGGGAAACAUCACACAUGCCAUCUCACCCUGUGGGCACAUGCUCGAUACCGAAAUGGCAUCACUGUGUACAGGACGAGCAGGUGUAAGAUUUCCUUUCAAAGGAGACUCUAUUCCACUUCAUGAUCGCUACACGAACGUGACUGUAUUGGAAAGGGAAAAUUGGAUCGAGUCUGUCAUGGACAAUGUUGAAGGACUUUCUGAAUCCAUAUAUACACUAUUGUCAGAUCCAGCCCAACACACUUCCAAUUGGACCCAUCGUUGUCCCUUUUGCUUCUCGCACAUCUCAUCAGUAUGUAAGCUUUAUUUCCAAAACGACCCAUGGGAGUAAUGCUGGGUCCCCUUGCAAAUGAUAACAUGCUUACCAGUCGAUUGGAUCAACACUUUCCAAAAUCAUCUAUUUUGGAGAAUUGCCAUGGUUUAACCAUCGCCCCUUGUCAUGCUGAAUUGAUCGUCUUAUUCCAAUAAACAUUGAUGAAUAUAUCAUGUCU